AGAGAGGCGAGGAGAGGGGGGGGGGGGGGGCAACAAGGAUGCAAGUGUGAAGCAGCGUGAGGGGAACCGAGAAAGAACGACUGGGGCGAUCACAAAGGAGAAAGGGAAUCAGCAAGAGCAGAUUAAUCGUGUAGUUCUAAUAGCCUGCUGCUAAAGUGUAGAGAUGCAAUGAGCAGAUGAUCUGCUGUGACGCGCGUCCGCAUCCUGUCCUGCAGCCUUGACAGGAGGUGACAAGACAAAUUGACACACGCCGCGCCAACACUGCAUCAUGUCAUCAACAGGGUCAACCAAACACAACAAACGCCUGGCGUCGGAGACAGACAACUCCCAGAGAGUGUUGGACAACGAGUCUACGCAGCAUCUGAAACUGAGGGACAGACAACGCUUUUUUGAGGAGGUCUACCAGCAAGAUGUGGAUAACUACCUGCCCUCGGCUCACCUUCAGAUUGAUAGCAGGAAACCCCCCAUGGGAAGUAUCUCAUCUAUGGAGGUGAACGUGGAUGUGCUGGAGCAAAUGGACCUGAUGGACAUUUCAGACCAAGAGGCCCUAGAUGUCUUCCUCAACUCCGGAUCAGGAGGAGAUGAGGGAGAGAUAACAUCCCCUCUACCAGACGCGGAGGAUGAAGAUGAUGAGGCGGAUGAAGAGGCCGAGGUUGUCUACAGGGUGUGUCCACCGUUGCAACGGCAAAAAGAAGUUCCCAACGGCUCCAAGUCUCGCAUGUCAUCGACAUCAUCGAGCUCCAGCGAUGCGAGCGUAGGCGGAGCAGACACACCUGUAAUCCAGUCGGAUGACGAAGAAAUCCAUGCUGACACCCAACUGCUGACCUCUGUUCCCCAUACUAGGGAUGAAGAAACAGAGGACGAGGACGAGGAGGAGACAUGCCUUCUGACUAAAUCCAAACAAAGACUGAAAUAGAGACAAGCUGUCCUCUCACUCUCUCAUUUCAUUUGCAGAGAAAACCGAGCAUGAUUCACCUGCUGUGAUUUGUCCCCUUUGAAAACGUGUCGGUAUUUAUGCAAAAAGUGUAUUCUUUACAACUUAAAAUAUACAUUUUCCAUCUAUUUGUUAAUUGGAACAAAACUGCCGGUUGAAGUUUGUGCUCUAUGUUUCCGGAUAUUUAAUGCAAAUUAUACUGUAGGAGUUUUUCACCGCCGACACAUUGAAAUAUUCUGGCUGCUUGCUGCCUGAGGAGAAUCUCCCUCCUGCUCAUUUUGACUUCAAAGCAGCCAUGGUAAACAAGGAAGGAAAGAUGUAUGAAAGUGCAUCUUCACUUUGUAGGUUUUAAAAAAAAAUUAAUAUAGCAAAUAAUAAUAAACACAAAACCCAAUCUGUGGUGGGUUCUUCAAUAAUGUAAAUAACUUAAGUCAAGAUAACUAUUUUUUUUUACUGGUUGAAAUAGCUCCGAUGUAGUAAAAGUUAACUCUAUUCUCAUGCCUUAGUCAUAGCAGGUUUCAUGUUGCCAUUACGCAUCAUUUUCAAGAUUCAAGAUUCAAGAUUCAAGAGUUUUUUAUUCGCCAUGUUUGAGCGUGCCAAACAAGGAAUUUGACUUCGGUAGAAACACACCCUCUGUUCAACAUUUAGGUGACUAACAACAUUCAGGACAUGUGAAUAAUGCAAAAACAGUGUAGACAAAUUCAAGAAGGUGUGAGGAGCAGGAUGUUAUUGCACAGUAAUGUCUCUGAGACUCUAUGAGUGGUGUGAGUUCAUCAGAGCAACAGCCUGGGGGAAGAAGCUGUCUCUGUGUCUGCUGGUUUUGGCGUACCGAGCUCUAUAACGCCGUCCGGAGGGGAGUAGUUCAAACAGACUGCAACCCGGGUGAGAAGGGUCUGUAGAGAUGUUCCUUGCCCGAUUCCUGGUCCUGGACAGGUACAAGUCUUGGAUAGAUGGGAGGUUGAUUCCAAUGAUCUUUUCUGCAGUUCUGAUUGUCCGUUGUAGUCUGUGCUUGUCUUGUUUGGAGGCCGAUCCAAACCAGACAGUGAUGGAGGUGCAGAGGACAGACUGGAUGAUGGCAGUGUAGAAGGUCUUCAGAAGCUCUCGCGGCAGGUUGAACUUCUUGAGCUGUCUCAGGAAGUACAGCCUCUGCUGGGCCUUCUUCCGGACAGAGUCUAUGUGGCCGGUCCAUUUCAGGUCCCGAGAGAUUGUGGUUCCCAGGAACUUGAAGGUGUCUGUGGAAAGAAUAGUAUUACUGCGGAUAGUGAGGGGUAAAAGUGGUGAAGGGUCUCGCCUGAAAUCCACUGUCAUCUCCACGGUCUUGAGCGGGUUCAGCUCCAGAUGGUUUUGACUGCACCAGUGGACCAGCCGCUCCACCUCCUGUCUGUACGCAGUCUCAUCACCGUCCUGGAUCAGUCCGAUGAGAGUGGUGUCGUCUGCAUACUUCAGGAGCUUCACACGAAAAACAUGGGUAUGUUUCAUUCCUAACACUGUCACGAAUGGCACUCAAGUUUUGUAGCAAUCGGUAUGGGCCGUAAUUUCUAUUUUGCUUCACCAAAUUUGCUAAUUCAUUUCUUCUCAAUUGCUGUUCAGAGCAGUUAUUUUUCUAAAUUCCCUAAAGGUUUGGUAAAAUUUCCGGCUGCGACUGUAAAUACAGAUUUUUACACAAAAAUUAUUUUUCAAUAAAUGUAUUGGUGAAACUCAACAUUUGAAUCACUGCCAAAACCCUCUGAUGACUAUUUUAGCGAUACUUGGUUGGCUUUUGUUAAAGUGGUAAAUACGGGUUCUGCAAUGUAUACAAUUCGAUAAAUCUCAAAAAAAGACCGUUAAUUAUUAAUGUGGUUAAACUGAGAAAAAUGAUAGAAGUCAUCAUGAAAAGCUGAUAAGGUGCAUUUGAGGCUCAGCAUCGAUCUAUCAUUUGCUUUUAAAGACUGAAUAUUGUCGUUAUAAUCUGUACGGCAAAAAUAAUGAUCUGAUCAUAUUUGCAUUAUUCAUGAUUUUACAUCUUCACCACAAAUAAUAAGCCUGACCCUUGCUGCCAAACAGCACAAAAAUAAAAUGUGCAUCUGUUUAAUGUAUUAAAACUUUCUUAAACAAUCUUCUGAAACAAAGUAGUAUAUCCAAAAACACAUUUCAUUGAGCGAGCGGUAAAACCAGUUGUGAAUGCAUGCCUUUUUGUGACUAUAUGCCUUUCUGUUGUGCAACAUCACUGUGUUGCAAGACUCGACUCAACCGAUACCUGUUAUUAAUGGAUAAGUACUUAAUCUGACAUGUUGUCCCUCUCCUCUGUGUGAAAAGACUUUUGAACAAAGCCCGUGAUGACAGUGUGUAUGAAUUUGAGUGGUGCAGGAGAAUAUGGAACCGGGGAGCUCAACUGAACUUCAAGAGUUCAAGAGUUCAAGAGUUCAAGAGUUUUUUUAUUCGCCAUGUUUGAGCGUGCCAAACAAGGAAUUUGACUUCGGUAGAAACACACCCUCUGUUCAACAUUUAGGUGACUAACAACAUUCAGGACAUGUGAAUAAUGCAAAAACAGUGUAGACAAAUUCAAGAAGGUGUGAGGAGCAGGAUGUUAUUGCACAGUAAUGUCUCUGAGACUCUAUGAGUGGUGUGAGUUCAUCAGAGCAACAGCCUGGGGGAAGAAGCUGUCUCUGUGUCUGCUGGUUUUGGCGUACCGAGCUCUAUAACGCCGUCCGGAGGGGAGUAGUUCAAACAGACUGCAACCCGGGUGAGAAGGGUCUGUAGAGAUGUUCCUUGCCCGAUUCCUGGUCCUGGACAGGUACAAGUCUUGGAUAGAUGGGAGGUUGAUUCCAAUGAUCUUUUCUGCAGUUCUUUUCUUCUUGUUCAUAUGUUGCCAUCCAUCAUUAUAGAGAAUGUGACCCAUUUGUCAACUGCACUGUUACUAUGUGUUACAACUUGUGCAGUUAUUGAAAGUAGACUUUGAUGUCAUGCUGCAAUAAGUAAGUAUGUGGUUGUGGAUUUAAAGAUGUGUAUGAACGUUAUUCAACUCACCAAGUUGGGGCAUUUCCCAACACCUUGCAAUCAAAUUUUAUGUGCAUGUUCUUUCCUGUUUGGAUGUUUUGCUCUCGUAUGAAUAAAAAUGACAAAUUUUAAAAAUUAA